GCCGGGGCGGGGCGAUGCUCGGGGAGACGAUGUUCGGGGUGCCGCCGCUGCUGCUCCCCUGCGGGGCCGGGCUCGGGCCCUGGCUCUGGGCGCUGGUGCUGGGCGCGGGCACCGCCUGGCUGGGCUGGUCCUGGGCGCGCGCGCUCAAGAGGCCGCUGCUGGUGGCAGCGCCGCUGCUACGGGCCUUCCUGGAGCGGCACUGCCCCAUCGUGUGCGAGACCUUCUACCCCACACCCUGGUGCUUUGAGGGCCGGCUCCAGACCCUGCUCCGGCACAUCCUCUUGUCCGAGCCCCCGGUCUUGUACCGCAGCGAGCUGCUCCACGUGGCGGAUGGCGGGCAGCUGUUGCUGGACUGGGCCGACAACCCAGGGAGUCGGCGGUACCCAGACCCUAGCACGCGCCCCACGCUCCUGCUCCUGCCCGGUGCCACCAACAACAGCGAGGCCUCCUACAUCCUGCACUUGGUGCAUGGACUGCUGCAGGUCGGCUACAGGUGUGUGGUGCUCAACUGCCGCGGCUGUAAGGGGGACGAGCUGCUGACCCCCAGAGCCUUCUCCGUUGCCAACACCGAGGACCUGGAGACCACCAUCGCCCACAUCCGGGCACAGCUACCACAGGCCCCACUCCUGGCCAUGGGCUUCUCCAUGGGCGGGACGCUGCUUCUGCACCACCUGGCACGGACGGGCCACGCCGCAGGGCUGGAGGCUGCUGUGGCCAUGUCUCCAGUCUGGGACUAUGGGGAGUUCCUGAACUUGCUCGAGCAGUCCCUUCCAGAUGUGGUCUUUCGUGUGCCACUCGUGUACUUUGUGCGCAGGCUGGUCAAGAGGCACAGGCAGGCAAUUGCGGCACUGGUGGAUGUGGAACAGGUCCUCAAGGCUCACACACUGCGGGAGAUUGAUGCACGGUACACAGCACCCGCGUUCGGCUAUGGGACUUGCGAGGAGUACGUGCAGGCAGCCAGCUCCAUGUCCGGCAUGCUGGCCAUCCGCGUGCCCCUGCUCUGCCUCAAUGCGGCCGAUGACCCCUUCUCCCCACUCCACACCAUCCCCAUGGAGCUGCUGCGGCAGGUGCCCCAUGUGGCCCUACUGAUGACGGCACGUGGGGGGCACGUAGGCUUCCAGGAGGGCCUGUUGCCAUGGCGACACAACUUCCUGGUCCGCGUGUGCAUCCAGUUUGCUGCGGCAGUGCUGGAGCAGGGCGCGGAGCUGCGUGGCCUCAGAGGCGACCCGGGCACGGGGGCGGGACCCCGCGUGUAGUGGCCACCUGGGGUGCAGUGGGUGCAGGUGUUGGGGUCCUCGAACCGUCGGGGCCGCGCGUGUUGUUCUGGUGCUGCUCACGGAUAAACGGGCUCCCAGGUGCUCCGGUCUGACUCUGGCGAUAGAGAGGCAGGGGCACGGGUGGGUCUGCAGGGGCCGAGGCCGGUGCUGCCACCAGGCCGCUCAGAGCUGGGCUCGCAGGGCGCAGCUGUACAUCUCCGCUGAGCCUCGGAGGCAGCUACCGCCCCGGGCAGGGGCACGAGGCCGCAUCCAGCCCCUGUACGAAGCUGGCUGGGACUGGGGGGGGCUGGCGUAACGCCCCGUUCCCGGUUGCGUGCUGCAUUGCACGGCCUGCCACCGCCCUCAGCAACGCCGCCUGCGGCCCAUGCGCCAGUGCAGCUGCGUGCAGGCAGGAGGGCUGGAUCCCACUCGUCCUGUCCUGCUCCAGACACCGCCAGGGAAGGACCCGGAGUCACCCUGGGGGCAACACCGGCGACGCCUGGGCUCACGCCCCAGCCAGCUCUGGCCACGCGCCACUCGUGGCCUCGUGGGACGGGAUGGGAGAGGUCCCAGAACAGGAGCAGGAGGCGAGGAACUGGGGCCUGGAUCCGCCCCUGGCGUGGGGCCUGCUGCCCCAGGUCCGGCCCCACCUGCCUCCGCCUGGCGCGGACAACCGCAGCCCCUGCUGCCGGCAGCAUCAGCCCCAUGCAACCCUCCCAGGCCGGCCCCGGCCCCGGCCCCGACACCAGCCCGUCCCGGCCAGGGCCCAGCGGCUCCCGGGCCGAGCGGGUCCCUCCCUCGCACGGCGCCGCGGGUGGGCAGCACGUGGGCCACGGCGCUGCGGGAGGCCCCGCCCCCUCGGGGGCACGGCUGAGUCGGCGGCGGCCAUCUUUGUGCAGGGCAACGCGGCGGCCCGAGUUAACCCAUUGGGCGCUGGCGCCAGAGCUUGUCUCCGCUGCUUGGGCCACUGCAGGUGGUGGGGGGCAGAAAACGGGGCGAGGCCGGGGGUCCUGCCCCCCCCGUACCCUGCCCCCUCCUUCCCGCCAGGGCCAGAGGGAAACCUGGCGUCCGAGCGCCCCCCGCAACGUGCUACCCCCCCCCGGCACAGCUGGAGGGAAGAGCCCAGGGGUCCGGCACCCCCCCCACCCCGCCCUGCACCCGCCCCGGCCGGAGGGUCCCGGUGUCCGGCACCGCCGCCACCUGCUACCCCCUCGGGCGGAGGGAGCCCGGUGCCCGGCACCCCCUGCCCCGCCCGCGCUGCCCCGGGAGGAGGGUCCCGGCGGCCGGCGCCGCCCGCGCUGUGCCAGGGGCAGGCGGGAGGGCGGGGCGGCGCGGGGACGUGUCGCAGCCACGUGGAGCCGGUGCCGGGCGGGGCUGGAGGCUGCGGCAGGCGCUGCGGACGCGGGCCCGGGAGACAGCACCAGUCUGAGCCGGCGCGCAGGGCCAAGACCCCCUGGCAGGCCGCCCGCAGCGCCGCCGGGCACGGCCCCUGCUCCGGGCUGC